AAAAUGGGUCCACUAUUUUUUGCACGUCUGGCAAUGCCGGCGCACGGGCCGCCAAGCAUAUUGGAACCGCUGGCACCGUCAUUCCGCACAACAACCACAUCGACGACGACGACCACAACAACAACUACGACAACCACAACAACACUAGCGCCAUCUGUAUUUACCGCUAUGUUGGACAAUGUGACCACAGUGAUUAUCUUAGAUAAUGAAAUAGCACAAAAUCAAACAAACGCCACCGGCAUCUACGGCCCAAAGGGACCCAGCUAUUCCAUCUCAUCAAUGGUGUUCAUGGGCUUAAUUGCCGCCAUACUCAGCUUGCUAACGGUGGCGGGCAAUGUUAUGGUUAUGAUCUCAUUCAAAAUCGACAAACAACUACAAACAAUCAGUAAUUACUUUCUCUUCUCAUUGGCCAUUGCCGAUUUCGCCAUCGGUCUCAUAUCGAUGCCAUUGUUUGCGGUCACCACCAUACUCGGCUAUUGGCCGUUGGGUCCACAUAUCUGCGAUACAUGGCUCGCACUGGAUUAUCUCGCGUCGAAUGCAUCCGUGCUGAAUUUGUUGAUCAUCAGUUUUGAUCGUUACUUUAGCGUCACGAGACCCUUGACAUAUCGCGCUAAACGUACCACCAAUCGGGCGGCGGUCAUGAUUGGCGCCGCUUGGGGCGUAAGUCUGCUGUUGUGGCCACCGUGGAUUUACAGUUGGCCAUAUAUUGAGGGGCAACGCACGGUGCCGCAAUACGAAUGCUAUAUACAGUUUAUCGAGACCAAUCAGUACAUUACAUUUGGCACAGCAUUGGCGGCGUUUUAUUUUCCAGUGACGAUUAUGUGUGUGCUAUACUAUCGCAUUUGGCGUGAAACGAAGAAGCGUCAGAAGGACUUGCCCAAUCUGCAGGCGGGCAAGAAGGACUCGUCAAAGCGCUCGAACUCAAGUGACGAGAAUACCGCUGUCAAUCACACGGGCAUGUUGCCCUUUGGCAAUGCGGGUGACGGCCAUGAUUGGCGGCGGCCGCGUUCCGAAUCCUCUGCCGAUGCUGAGAGUGUUUAUAUGACCAAUGUGGUCAUUGAUACCGGUUAUCAUGGCCUACAUUCACGCAGAUCAAGUAUCAAAAGCACCAAUACCAUCAAAAAAUCAUAUACUUGCUUUGGUGGCAUUAAGGAAUGGUGUAUUGCGUGGUGGCAUUCUGGACGUGAGGAUUCCGAUGAUUUCCCUUAUGAGUUAGAGGAACCUUCAGAUUAUGGUUGCACUUCCGUGAGCGUGGUACGCGACAACUAUUCACUAGGCGGCAGUGCCUGUGGCGUGCGUCCGCCAAGCAUACUACUACCCGAUGUCUCACCCACACCGCUACGCCCGCCCUUAACACCACUCUCGCAACUGCAAGAGAUCUCUUCGGCAUCGGGUGCACGCGAUUCACGCUCCUUACCCGGCAAUAAUCGCAUCAGUUCACGUUCGGUAAGUCAAGAUUCCGUUUAUACAAUACUAAUACGGCUACCCUCGGAUGGGGCUACCGCCAAUAAUGGGACAGAAGCGCCAUCUAUCAAAAUGAUACACGAAGACGUAUCGCUACCGAUCAUAAGCGCAGCACCGCCACCACGACGACCACUCUCAUCACGUGAUUCCGAAUACAGUUUACCGUUGGGUCGACGCAUGUCGCACGUUUCACACGAUGUACGCAUACCGCUCAAUGCGAAGGUAAUACCCAGACAAUUGGUCAAACAUGUGCAUGCCACGUCGCGUGUCGUCGCCAAGAAGAAGAAGAAGUCACAAGAGAAGCGUCAAGAAUCGAAAGCGGCCAAAACUCUAUCGGCCAUACUCUUGAGUUUCAUCAUCACCUGGACGCCAUACAAUAUACUGGUGCUAAUCAAACCGCUUACCACAUGCUCCGAUUGCAUACCGAACGAACUGUGGCAAUUCUUCUAUGCGCUCUGCUACAUUAACUCGACCAUAAAUCCGGUUUGCUAUGCGCUUUGCAAUGCAUCCUUCCGUAAGACCUAUAUACGCAUACUCACCUGCAAGUGGCACACACGCAAUAGGGAGGGUAUGACGCGUGGCGUGUACAACUGAGUAAGGCCUAUGGAGGGGACGAUUAUGCGUCGCCGCGAGGGCAAUGCUGGCCUCUUCGAAUUGAAGCAGAAUCCUAAAACUAAUACAUAAUGAAAGUGCAAGCGUAUGCCAUAAGCUAAGUGCUGGCUUGGCGCUCGGUGCGGUACGGGGCGUUGCGUUGCGGCACGUGUGAAGCUAACGGUUUUCGUUGCUUUAGCUGGCGGGGAAUCUGCAUGAACAUUGUCCGCUCCUUUUAAAGCAAAACCACAUCAUUCCAACAACAUUAUUCCCCAACACACGCUGGCGUAGCAGGCAGUAAAUAGUCUU